CGACUUUUCUCGCGAACAAUCAGGGACUUGUGCUGGCGGCCGAGGGAGCCACGGAGCUGGCUGGCCGCGGAGGAGGCGACGUCAUGGAUUCCUGAGUGUGAAGGUUGCAGGAAAGCCCUUCGUUUUGGAGAUGGACGGGAUCCAGCGGUUUCCAUGGCGCUGGGUAAACAGGAGGAAACAGUGAGGGAAUCCCGUUAUUUUACUGCAUUGAAAGCCUAUAAACACGGAGCUCUGGGAAGGAAGUCGCGCUGCCUCUGGAGUAAGCCGGAGCGCGGAGCCGCGCCGACUCCGCCGCGCCGGGAGCCGGGAGGCGCACAGCCCCCGGGCCGCUGGAGGCUCCCGCGGGCGCGCUGCGGCCGAGACGGCGCCCCCCGGCUGCCGCUCUCCGCACCCAGACCCCCGUGCCCCACGCGCCGAGCCCCCAGCCCCUCCAGAUGCAGAGAGAGGCUGCGUUCAGACUGGGGCUGUGCCAUCCCCUCCGCACCAUGGGGUCCGUGGACCAAGAAGAACCGAGUGCACAUAAGGCCGGCAGCCCACCCUCCGGACUCGAAUACCCCGUUGAUGUCUUGGACUGCGGCCUCAAGCCGUACAGCCCCCUCGCCAGUCUCUCUGGCGAGCCCCCUGGCCGGUUCGCAGAGCCGGAUAGGGUAGGGCCCCAGAACUUUCUGAGCCCAGCCCAGCCAGCGAGGGCCUCGGGCCCGAGCCCUCGGAUCGAGAUCACUCCAUCCCACGAACUGAUGCAGGCAGGGGGUUCCCUCCGCGCGAGAGACGCCGCCGGCCUUCUGCCAGAGCAGCCGCUGGUGGGGGCGGCCGCCGGCCCGAGGUUCACCUUGCCCGUGCCUGGCUUCGAGGGCUACCGCGAGCCGCUUUGCUUGAGCCCUGCGAGCAGCGGCUCAUCCGCCAGCUUCAUUUCCGACACCUUCUCCCCCUACACCUCGCCCUGCGUCUCGCCCAAUAACGGCGGCGGGCCGGACGACCUGUGUCCCCACUUUCAAAACAUCCCUACCCAUUAUUCCCCCAGAACGUCGCCAAUAAUGUCACCUCGAGCCAGCCUCGCCGAGGACAGCUGCCUGGGCCGCCACUCGCCCGCACCCCGUCCGGCCUCCCGCUCCUCAUCGCCUGGUGCCAAGAGGAGGCAUUCGUGCGCCGAGGCCGCGGCUGCCCCGCUGCCCGGAGCCUCGCCCCAGCGCUCCCGGAGCCCCUCGCCGCAGCCCCGGGACGACGGCGCCCCCGCGGGCUACCCCCCCACGGCCGGCUCUGCCGUCCUCAUGGAUGCCCUGAGCAGCCUCGCCGGGGACGCGCCUUGCGGGGUUCCCCCGAAGAUGUGGAAGACCAGCCCUGACCCGUCGCCCGUGUCCACCGCCCAGGCCAAGGCCGGCCUGCCCCGCCACAUCUACCCGGCCAUGGAGUUCCUGGGGCCCUGCGAGCAGGAGGAGAGGAGGAACUCGGCGCCCGAGUCCAUCUUGCUGGUGCCGCCCACCUGGCCCAAGCAGCUGGUGCCUGCCAUCCCCAUCUGCAGCAUCCCAGUGACUGCGUCUCUCCCUCCUCUGGAGUGGCCACUCUCCAGCCAGUCUGGCUCCUAUGAGCUACGGAUUGAGGUGCAGCCCAAGCCACACCACCGGGCCCACUAUGAGACGGAGGGCAGCCGAGGGGCCGUCAAAGCUCCAACUGGAGGCCACCCCGUGGUUCAGCUGCACGGCUACAUGGAGAACAAGCCUCUGGGGCUGCAGAUCUUCAUCGGGACGGCCGACGAGCGCAUUCUCAAGCCGCACGCCUUCUACCAGGUGCACCGGAUCACGGGGAAAACCGUCACCACCACCAGCUACGAGAAGAUCGUGGGCAACACCAAAGUCCUGGAGAUCCCGCUGGAGCCCAAGAACAACAUGAGGGCCACCAUCGACUGUGCGGGGAUCCUGAAACUCCGCAACGCCGACAUCGAGCUGCGCAAGGGUGAGACGGACAUCGGCAGGAAGAACACGCGGGUGAGGCUCGUGUUCCGGGUGCACAUCCCCGAGGCCAGCGGCAGGAUCGUCUCCUUGCAGACGGCGUCCAACCCCAUCGAGUGCUCCCAGCGAUCCGCCCACGAGCUGCCCAUGGUGGAGAGACAAGACACCGACAGCUGCCUGGUCUACGGGGGCCAGCAGAUGAUCCUCACUGGACAGAACUUUACGGCCGAGUCCAAAGUCGUGUUUACUGAGAAGACCACCGAUGGGCAGCAAGUUUGGGAGAUGGAAGCUACGGUGGAUAAGGACAAGAGCCAGCCAAACAUGCUUUUUGUCGAGAUCCCCGAGUAUCGGAACAAGCACACCCGCACGUCUGUAAAGGUGAACUUCUACGUCAUCAAUGGGAAGAGGAAACGAAGCCAGCCUCAGCACUUUACCUACCACCCAGUCCCAGCCAUCAAGACAGAGCCCACCGAUGAGUACGACCCCACUCUGAUCUGCAGCCCCGCCCACGGAGGCCUGGGGAGCCAGCCUUACUACCCGCAGCACCCGAUGGUGGCCGAGUCCCCCUCCUGCCUGGUGACCACCAUGGCCCCCUGCCAGCAGUUCCGCUCGGGGCUCCCGUCCCCCGACGCCCGCUACCAGCAGCAGAAUCCGGCGGCCGUCCUCUACCAGCGGAGCAAGAGCUUGAGCCCCAGCCUGCUGGGCUACCAGCAGCCGGCCCUCAUGGCUGCGCCCCUGUCCCUCGCGGACACGCACCGCUCGGUGCUGGUGCAUGCCGGCUCCCAGGGCCAGGGCUCGGCCCUGUUGCACCCAGCGCCCGCCAACCAGCAGGCCUCACCGGUGAUCCACUACUCGCCCACCAACCAGCCGCUGCGCUGCGGGAGCCACCAAGAGUUCCAGCACAUCAUGUACUGCGAGAACUUCGCGCCCGGCUCCACCAGGCCCGGCCCGCCCCCCGCCGGUCAAGGUCAGAGGCUGAGCCCAGGCUCCUACCCCACGGUCAUUCAGCAGCAGAAUGCCACGAGUCAAAGAGCUGCCAAAAACGGACCCCCGGUCAGUGACCAAAAGGAAGUCCUACCUGCGGGAGUGACGAUCAAGCAGGAGCAGAACCUGGACCAGACCUACCUGGAUGACGUUAACGAGAUUAUCAGGAAGGAGUUUUCAGGACCUCCCGCCAGAAACCAGACGUAAAAGCAGCCAUCACCGCAACGCGCCUUCCACAGCGGACCCCUCGGAGCCCUCCGCUGCCCACCCCGCGCCCUCCGCUGCCCGGCUCCCGGCCCUGGAGGCCGCACGCGGGAGCUGGCCGCCCGCCUCUGCCGACACCAGCGCCUGCUCUUUGCGUCUUCGCUUCAAAUCCCCGGGAGCAUCCCCGGCUGAACUUGUCGGCGUCGCAGCCAGCUGUUAAGUGCCUGCCUGCCAACCAAAGCGACAUUCGGACCGAGCGGGACCCUGCAGCUUGCCUGCGACCUGAGUGGCUGGAGCCUGGGUUGACAGGCUGGGGGACAGAUGCAGGCUCCUGUGAGACCCCAGCCCUCGCUUUCAUGACCCCGUGCCUCUCCAAGGGCGAGCACACUCCCAGGAACACAGCCCGCGGGUCCAAAGUCCUCGACAGACACACACACACACACACACAUGCACGCACACCGUGGUCCUUAGGGCUGGCCCUGUCCGUGCCUCCGCGAAAGCUUUAGUCCUGAAUUUCCUCCUUCCGGAACAAAACUGCCUUCCCAGCCGAGACCCCCGUUACAGCGUCUCGGGUUAAGUUAUGAUGUGUACAAGUUUGUUAGCUUCUUUUUUUUCUCCGCUUCGGAAAGCCGACGAAGGCGGCUGGGGUGACGCCCUCCUAGCCGGCUGCCCCUCAGCCCGUGGGCAGCGGGCGUGUGGUUUCCACAGACCCAGGAAUGUCCCUGGUUCCCGGGAGCCAGGCCCUGGCUGCAGCCGCCGGCAACCCCGUCCCCAGGGGCCCUGCCUGCCUUCUUCCUAGCGUUUCCCCCACGCAGCCCGUGUGUGGGAUUUUGAGGAAUUGGCAGAAGGGCAAACACAAUGCAAAAAAAAAAAAAAAAAAAAAGUGCAAGUGUUUUUGUUAAGGAAAAAGGACCCAAGUGCUUUGUUAAGUGGAUUUCCAUUGAGAGAGAGAGAGACAGACAGACAGGAGGGGCCGCUUCCCUCUCCACCAUCAACCUAAGGCAGGUCAGAAAAGCUCAGGCUUUGGUUCCAAUACUCAUUGGUCUUUUUUGCCGGACUCCCCCUCCCCUUCAAGUGUCCGCACAGGUGCGUCCUAAUGGAAGCCAGGCUACCGCGGACUGAGUUCUGCACAGACCACCUGUUCGCUACGUGGAAAUGAAAUCCUAAAUUUCACCGCAAAAAAACUUUUGAAAUCUGUGCAUAGCCCCCCCCCCCCAUAAUACACCUUUUUUUGGAAAACCUUUUGUAUGUCAUUUUCCCCUAGUAUUUCUUGCCACUGAGCUCACUCCUGGUCCUUGAGUCUUCCUCCACUGGGGCAGUUUUUGCCAACAAAACUGAGUUCUCAGCAGGUGAAUUUUCCGAGCGCAGCUGUGCUCCGAGGCCUGAGCCACACACACCCCAGGAUAAGCUGCGGGUUCCUCUCCAGUCACCUGUGGCUCAGCCCGCUGCCCAGGGGCCCAGGCUGGGUCUCCAAAGUCCCGGCUUCCCUGUCCAGCUCACUCAGCGGUGAACCUGAGAGCUGGGCCUGUGCACGCGCUCAUGUGUCACCUCUGGUACCACCUGGCAUUGAUUUCCCCCAAGAAUGGGGGCAGCUUCCGUCCCCCUGCCCGAGCGUGGAGUUGAGACCCCCCCUCCCUCCCUCCUCCCUCUCUCUCUCUCUCAGCACACAGAACGCCGGCGCGCAGCCAGCCAAGCGAGUCAGGCACGGCUCUGACCUCGGGAGCUUUCUCUGCAGCAGCGCUGGCUUCCCUGGGGAGGAGAGCCUCCCGCGUGGCAGGCGAUCUGUUUGCACUUGACCUGGCUCGGGGCCGAGUCCUGCACUUGAGGGCAUCGGGCCCUUCCUCUGUUAUCUCAGAGUCUCACCCAAGUGCCUUCCUGCUAUUGUAGCGCAGCCGCUCAGCUCCAUUGUCCACCGGGUGCGAUUUCCGUCGGUCUCCUACCCGGGUGAGCGCGCAGGGCCUGCGGCCGCCCCAGCUCCUGCACACGGACGUGAGUGUCUGGGGGGUGUGUCACACACCCACGGACAAACAGCUCUGCUGCCACGUCGCGACGCGAUAGUACAGGAAGCGCUUUCAUCCCCGGCUCUACCAAAGAGCCAAGGAAAGGAAGAAGCCACAGCGUUGAGAUGGACGGGUCAAGGAACGUGAAGGAGACAGCUACCAGGAAGUUGCAAGAGUUGCAAAUGCCAGGAGGCAGUGUUGCCGGGAGUGAUUGGGGAAGAGGCCACGAGGCCGGCCGUCGGGGGUCUCAGGAGAGGAGGGGUGUGUGUCGUGUGUCGCACGUCCGGGAGAAGGGCUCGGUUACGUCGAGGUUUGCACUCGCAGCGUCCAAGUUCGUGUAAAUAGGUAGCCCUCGGGCAGGUCUGCCACGUUGCCGAAUGGAGUAUAUUUCCAAAGUCUGCAAGUCUUCCUGUAUUGUACAAAAAUACUGCUGCUUCGUAAUAUAUAGCAAUCCAAAUUAAUUAGUAUCUUAUUAAAUUUUAUUUUCUUACCUGUAUGUUUUUUUUUUUUUGCUUUAUAUCUAUCCUCAGAAUAUCACACCCUUAUGGGAAUUAGAAAAUAUUUAUAAAUGGUCAGAAGUCUUUUUAAAUGUCUCUUUUUACAUAUAUGGAUUUUUUUUUCCUUAAGAGAAAUGAUGUAUUCUUGAAACAUUUGCUGAUCAUUCCAGGAAACCAAAAGCAAACAGUCCAUCCCGCCGCAGAGCCGGCGCCACCUUCCCGGCGGGAGUGGCCCAGGACGGGGGCGGCCGGCCGGGCGGCUCCGGGACCAGCUUCUCCUCGCCUCUUCAGCCCCAAGCCUGGGUCUCGUCACCGACAGAAUCGUUCUGUGAGGCCUCCAGACCUCUCCCCACCAAGACAAGCGACCCAGAGUGGGACCUCAAUUAACAAACAAAAAAACCAGCAACAAAGCCCAUCCUGCCGUCCCGAGGCUCAAAGGAUGUUUUGGCAAAGCCACUGCCCAGGCCGACCGCAUCCUUGAGGGCUGACUAGUCCUGGUAUUGCUGGCUGCCUGCAGGGUGAUCCCGGCACACACAGCCCGCAGUGGGCGGAGCGGACGCCUUCUCACACCCAGGUGGCCCUGCCUGCAGCUUGUUCAUGUCCAGUGGCCAAGACGUCUGCCCCAGCGUGCCGGUGGGAGCUGUCACACAGAUCGGAAGCCCGGGUGUUCUGACUGUCACUCACUCCAGACUACAGUGAGGCUGGAUCUGUUUAUUUCCAUGUAAGGAAAAAGACAAACGCACACGAUCUCCACUUGCUCCGAUUUGUCCACAGCCAAGAGGACGCCGGGUCCACAGAGCAACCAUGUUAAUUUCGUGUGGUUCCUUUUGCAAGUGGCUGGGGUGGGAUGGGGGCCGUGUCACGCGUUCCCAAACUCCUCUCCUGGAGAGGUGGCUCUGAGGGACCCAGCACAGCCUCAUGGGGGUUUCCUAAGUGUAGGGUGUGGGCGUGAAGUCUCUUGGGACCAAAGCAGCUGACUGGAUGGGUGAGAGUGGGAGGCAGAAGGCGAGGAGCAAGAGCAGGACACGUGUUGGGGGUUUGGCCAGUGUCUGAUGGGCCUGGCCGGUGUGAUCAGAGGCGCAACCUCCCGGAACCCUGGGGACAGAGCCUGGCUCACCCCAUCACCUCUGCAGCCCUCAGAGGCAAGGAGGCAUGGGGAGUUCUAGUAGGGUUCUCCAGUAGACCCAAGUCUCCCCAAAGGGCAGUGCUGGAAGGCUUGGCUUUGGAAAAUCCUGACUGUUAGACGAGUUUGAAUACAUCACAUUCCUAUGCAAAACGUUUUUAAUCUCCAGUUUAAUGCAGUUUAUUUUUGCUAUAUGUAAAGUAUUUUUAUACGGCUUGUAUUAUGAUAGUUUAGCAAUAAAAUGGUUGGAAGCAA